UUUUUCCUCAGCCAUCGUUCUUCUUCCCUGCCAACUACAAUCAAAGAUGGCUCCUCUACGAAAGAAAAGCAUAGAUGAUUCUCAAAGCGGUGAACAUGAAAAUACAACUGAAAACAAAGCGGGUCGAGUUAUUUGGUCAAAAAACUCACUUCACGUCCUUUGUGAUCUUUGUAUUAAGCAUGUUGAAAAAUGUAAAGGAAAAAAUGGUGCAGUUGUUAUAAUUGUAGGAAAGUAUUAUUUGGUGGAUAAAGGUUAUCCUGAAAGAGAUGGAUAUUUAACUCCCUACCCCAAGACGAGGUACCAUCAGUCAGAGUUCCGUGGUGCAAAUCCGAGAGGAGUUCAAGAGAUUUUUAAUAGAGCACAUUCCUCUUUAAGAAGUUGUAUCGAGAGAGCUUUUGGUGUUCUUAAAG